AUGGUAUUCCUAAUAGUUAUAGUAAGUUGCUACUUAGCAUUUUGAUUAAAAAUUCAUUAUUUAGCAUCUUAAUGUCCUUGUUCAGAGUACUCUUACAAAAUCUGCGAUCAUUUUAUUAAAUGUUCAUGGAAUGGAGAAUUUUGUCAAGAUUUGCAAUGUCAUAAUUUGAAUUAAACUCUUUGUUAUGGAGAUUAAACCAAUUAUUAGUGCAAAUGGAAUUAGAAAUUUGAAGAAUGUGAAGACUUUGAUUAUUAAAAUUGUGAUGAUAUAAGUGAAAAAUCUGAUUGCCUCAAUUCUAACAUUAAUAAUUUUAGUUGCUCAUGGACAAGUAGUGAAUCAUGUAAGAAAUUUGAUUGUUUAAUUGAUAAAUAGUGCCCAAUUUAAAAAUGCUCAUUUAUAAAUGGUACUUGUUCAUAUCCAACAAAUGAAUUAAAUUGCUCAGCUAUACCUUAAGAUUAAUGUAAUUCUACCUUUAAUGGAAAAGGACUAUCAUGUUAUUUAAAUGAUUUUGGGUAAUGUAAAUUAUUUGAUAACUCAAAAUUGAUAUGUCCUUAAUAUUAUGAUUCUUAGAGUUACUGCAAAAUAAAUAAUUGCAUAUAUGAAAAUAAUAUAUGUAAAGAGAAGUAAUGUACUGACAUAAAAUUAGAACAAGAAUGUUAAUAUACUUUGACAAAUUAAACAUUUAUAACAACUUGUUUUUGGUCAAAUAAUUCAUGUUAAGAAGUUUAAGAAAAUAAUCUAUAUAAUUUUUCUAAAGAUGAUUGUUAAAUUAAAACUUAUUUCACAUACAGCUGGUCUGAAAAUUAUGAUUGCGUAAAAUGUAGUUUAUUAAAAGAAGAAGAAAGUUCAUAGAUUUUGUUGAUUGUUCUUGGUAUAACUAUUCCUAUAUUUUGUAUAUUUACUUGCUUUAUGAUUUGGUGGUGUAAGAAAAAACAAAAAUUUUGUUUUAAGGGAGAUAUUAAAGAGACAAGAAAAAAUUAUUAAGAGGAAAUUCAAAAGGAUGAGAAAAAAUAAUUAGAUAAUAAUUUUACUGAAAGAUAUUUACCCUAAUAAAAACCAGAAUAUUGA